AUGCACACGCCAAGCGGGCGAUUCAUGCCAUCCACACGAUUGUGCCUGAGUAUAAGUGACUUCCACCCAAAGUCCUUCAACCCGGCAUGGGAGGUGUCGACGAUCCUGAUCGGACUGCUAUCCUUUAUGAACAGCGAGGAGAUGACGACUGGGAGCGUGAGUGCCUCCGAUGCCGAACGCAGGUUAUUCGCCGCGAGGUCGAGAUGGUGGAACUCUACCGGUGGCGGCUCUUAUACAAAAGCCGUUCCUGGCGUCACGUCAACCAUCAAGGGGAUUGCGAACAUCAAGGCCGGAGACGGAGGGAAGAAGUUUCGAGCCGAGUGGCCCGAGCUGGACCAGGAGAACUGGAAAUGGAUGAAGGACAACCGGGUUGAUCCAGCGACGGGACAGAUAUUACCCGACCCUAAUGAAGCCUUCUUAGCCGAGAACAGCAGCAGCGGCAACGGUAGCAACAACAGUGCCUGUUCACCUGAGACGAAUGCUCUUCGACGCAGGCCUGGCGGUGGGAGUGCCACAGGGUUAGGGGUUGUUGUGGAGGGUGGACAGAGGGCGAGAGAUGCCGGGGAGAGCUGGUUUCGAAGAAAUAAAGUAUGGAUAUGCAUCGGCCUGGUGCUGGGGUAUGCACUCUUAUCACGACUGUUCGACGACCUCCGGGCCUGGUAG